UUCUAAUAAUCAGUUCCAAAUCAACUUUGCGAUAUAACCAUAAGGUUGUUUUUGUAUUGUAAGUUGAUAAAAAGUGCUCGAAGCUACUCGCGGCCGAAGGUCUGUCGGUCGAUCGGUCAAUUUCAUCCAGCAGUUUCAUUUCAUUCAUUGCGGGACUUAGUUGUUUUGUGAAAUUACAACAGUUUUUAUAAUUUCGAUGUUAAACAUAUUUUACCUAUUUCCCAGACAAGAAUUAUACACCAAUAUGUUGUGUGUUGUUGAGCUUUAGUGCCGGUGAUAAAUUAAUUACCUACUUUAAUUUUUGUGUAUAUCGUGAAGAAAAAACAUAAAAAAUGAGGCUGGCAGGGACCAUUUUCUCAAAUGUGACGAAAAUGCUGGACUUUUAUGCACAGUUUAACCCAUCGCCUUUGUCUAUAAAGCAGUUCAUAGAUUUUGGUUUAAACGCGUGCGAAAAGAAAUCAUACAUAUUCCUUAGAAAGGAGCUACCAGUAAGACUGGCGAACAUAAUGAAAGAGAUAGCGCUACUGCCCGAAAACCUUCUUCGGAUGCCUUCAGUCGGCCUCGUGAACCAGUGGUACGAGCGCUCCUUCGCCGAGAUCAUACGGUUUGAGAAGAUGGAUCCAGAGCAGAAGGUGCUUAGCGAAUUCUGCGAGAGACUAGUCCACAUCCGUAACCGGCAUGCGGACGUUGUCCAGACCAUGGCGCAAGGAGUCCUAGAGCUGAAGGAAUCACAUGAAGUUGACUGUGGAGUGGAACACUCCAUACAAUACUUCCUCGACCGGUUCUAUAUGAGCCGCAUCUCUAUCAGGAUGCUGAUCAACCAACACACAAUCCUCUUCGGCGAACAACCAGUAGGCGCUAAACAGGCGUCGGUCAACGGCAUGGGAAAUGGGGGCAGACAUAUCGGGUGCAUCGACCCCGCGUGCGACGUCGCGGGCGUCGUGCGGGACGCGUACGAGAACGCGAGGUUCCUCUGCGACAGGUACUACCUGGCGUCGCCGGAGCUGGUGCUGCUGCAGUGCGGAGUUCCCAGCGAGCGCCCAAUGCCCGUGGUGUACGUGCCGUCCCAUCUCUACCACAUGCUCUUCGAGCUGUUCAAGAAUGCCAUGAGGGCCACCAUGGAGAGUCACGAGAGCUGUCCGCCGCCUAUCACUGUCAACAUUGUUCCUGGGAAAGAAGAUGUUUCUGUUAAGAUGUCAGACCUCGGCGGGGGCAUACCUCGCAGCGUAUCGGAUCUCCUGUUCAAGUACAUGUACAGUACAGCGCCACAGCCAUCGAAGUCAGACUCGCAUACCGUACCGCUGGCCGGCUACGGGUACGGGCUGCCCAUCUCGCGGCUGUACGCGCGCUACUUCCACGGCGACCUCACGCUCAUGUCGUGCGAGGGCCACGGCACCGACGCCGUCAUCUAUCUGAAGGCGCUCUCAAACGAAGCCAACGAGCUGCUCCCAAUCUUCAACAAGACGUCGACGAAGUUCUACCGGCCGUCCGCGCAGCUGGCGGACUGGUCGGGCAGCCUGCACACCGCCGGCGCGGCCAAGGGCAGCCGCGAGAAGGUCUCCCCUCUGUCGCACAGUGUGGCGUAAUGGUAUGAUAACAGCCUAACCGCCUGCAGUGGCAGCAUGGUUCCAUUUUUAUCACUUGUCACUUUCGCACUUACAAACUUGUUAGAACGUGACAGGCACGGUGACAAAUGAUAAAGAGCCGACCAUCUUAGCCCUACUGAUCUUGUCGGUUUACCAGUCCAGAUGGGACAGUUUUUAUCCCAAUCUGAUUAAAUUGUUAUUUUGAUCAGGUGGUGUUGAACAGGGGUGUCACGAAUGUCGCAUUCUUCAUUUUCGCGAAUGCGAAUCCGAAUGACCAGGAUGCGAAUGUCCGAAUGCGAAUGUUACGGAAUAGGUAGUUCGGGUCUCUAUUGUUUCCUAUAAAGUUUUAUAAUGUAUUGUUUGUCCACAUUUUCGUUUAACAUAAUUUGUUUUUUUUUCUCAGAAAUGCGUAACUUUUCAGGAUUGCCAUAAUGCCAUAAAAUAAACUUACCUUUAGGAUAACCUUACAAAAACCCUGAGAAGUUAACUGGUUCAAAAUUAUGACUAAUGAUAAUCAUUACAUUAUGACUUUCAAUAACUAUGACAAACAAAGGGAUCCGGUUAUUAUCAUUCUUGGUUAGAAAAAUUUUAACCUUAGAAGUGUUGAGAAAUGCUGUCUACUGGUCAAAAUGCAUUACUUGAAAACAGUUUGCGCGCACUGCUCAUAGCGCGAGUCGACGAGACAGAACACGACCUGCGUACAUUCGCAUUCGCAAAACAUUCGCUUCAUUCGAUGCGAAUGUUUAAAAUGAUGCGAAUAUUAUAUAUUCAAAUGCGAAUAUUCGUGACAUCCCUAGUGUUGACUCAUAGAUGAAAUUGGCUAGCCGAUUCCACUUGAUUUGAUUGACUGGUCAAAUUAUUAUUUUUGGGAUAAUUGCUUAAUUUGGAGCGCCAAACUGUCAUCAUAGAUCAAAAAUUGGUGAUUAAAUUGAGUACGUGUG